GGAAUAGCAUGUGAGUGUGAUUGGAUGAGAGAGAAAAUACGAUAGAUCAUACUCCACGCCAUCCACGAGUAUCAAUAUGUCAGCAGCCCCAUCACAACAAUAAUUAGACAAGCAAACCAUGUCACUGGCAUGGCUUAAUAUAUAACACAACCCGUACCAGUAAGCAGGAUCCAGCAAUGGCGCCAGCACCACGGCAAGAAGCUUCUCCGAAGCUCAGCGUAGUGGAGAGCGCCGUCGUAGCGCCAUGGCCGAUCCCACCGGUGCCGGAGACCUCCCUCCCGCUCACCUUCUUCGAUGUCUUCUGGCUCAACCUCCCGCCGGUGGAGCGCGUCUUUUUCUACCGCCUCGUCCCCGGCCCCGGCGCCGCCGCUACCGCCACCAUCCUCUCCAACCUCAAGACCUCACUCGCCCAAACCCUCCGCGCCUUCUACCCGUUCGCCGGCCGCCUGCGCCUCAGGCCCGGCACCGCCGACCGCCACGAACUCCACUACCAGCCCGGCGACGGCGUCAUCUUCACCGUCGCCAAGUACGACCUCGACGUUGACGAGCUGUCCAUGGACGAGCCGAGGGAGGUCGCCAAGAUGGCACAGCUCGUGCCGUCUCUCCCGGACGGUGGCGCGGUGCUCGCCCUGCAAGCCACCGUGCUGCACGGCGGCCGCGGCCUCUCCAUCGGCAUGGCCCUGCAUCACGCCGCCUGCGACGGGGCGUGCUCCACGCGUUUCCUCCACACCUGGGCAGCGGCCAGCGCCGGCGCCGUCGCGCCGGCGCCCCCUGUCAUCGACAGAACUCUCGUCAAGGACCCAACCGGUCUUUGCGUAGCCUUCAUUAGAGCCAUGGCGAGCACCGAGAAGAAGGAUGACGUCAAGAUGGCCGGCGGUAAGCUCCUCACCACCUUCACUCUGUCCAUGGAAAACAUACAGCGCAUCAAGGACGUCGUGCUGCUCGCCGCGGCUGCCGAGGCGGGCGCGCCGCCGCGAUGCUCCUCGCUGGUUGCCACCUUCGGCUUCAUCUGGUCAUGCCACCAGCGCGCUAAACAAGAUGAGAAAGCAAGUAACGGCGGCGACGGUGACCGGACCUACUUCCUCUUCCCCGUCGACCACCGGUCGCGGAUGGAGCCUCAUCCCAUUCCGGACGAGUACCUCGGCAACUGCGUCGGCGCCGCCCUGCACGGCGCGCCCAAGGACCGGGUCGCCGCGUCCGGCGCUGUUGGCCUCUUCACCGCGUGCACGGCGGUGGCUGCGGCGAUCGAGCAGGCGGUUGGCGUCGGCGGCAUCGGGUCACCGGAGCUGUGGUGGGAGCGGAUACGGGAGGCCAAAUCAUCCGGAGGCGGCGUGCUGAUGGUGGCAGGGUCACCGAGAUUCCGGGUCUACGGCGUAGAUUUUGGGUUCGGGCAGCCGGCGAAAGUGGAGAUCGUAUCCGUGGCGAUGACCGGCGCCAUGGCGAUAGCGGAGAGCCGCCGGAGCAGCGGCGGCAUUGAGGUCGGCAUCUCUCUGCCACCGGAUGCCAUGCGGAGGUUCCAAGAUUGCUUCCAUGAUGCCAUCGCGUGGCUGCAGUGCACCACACCAUUAAACAAGUAAGUACACGUGAUGGAGUGUGCCUCACGGGAGCGCACAAGUAGUAGCAUCACCGUGAUCCGAUCGCUUCAGUUUUUUUUUUCUUUCUUGCGUACGCAUAGCUUCCGUCUUAUGUGACAUUGCUAUUUUUUCUGACGUAUUUUUAUGUACGUGUGUGUUGUUGAUUGUAUGCAUUCGGGUAUGCAUCGUGUUCGGUAUCCGUUCCAUGCUCCAUUUUAAGCAAAUAAAAUCUAACUUUUAUCGAGUAA